UACAACAGAAGAUGGAUGACGACAUACUAAAUAAAGAUAUAACUUCAACAACUCAAACCAAGACAAAAGUCAUGAACGGGAGUAGGAAUUCAGACCUGUUCGUGUUUGAAGAUUACAACCAACGCAUUGCUAUAGCCACCAUCCUUUGUAUCGUCUUUGUGGUUGGAUCCAUCGGCAACACUCUCGUCAUCACUGCUGUAAUCCUUUCUCGUAAACUUCGUUCAUCCACCAACUGGUUCGUCGUUAACCUGGGUUGCUCAGACCUUCUAACCUGUCUCUCUCUACCUUUUCAUAUUGUCGCAGUACUAAGCCGUGAUGGUUGGCCUAUGCCUGGUUGGAUCUGUGCUGCCAUUUCUGCCGUGAGUCUGAUAUGUCUAGGCGCAAGCGUCAUGACCAUGUCUCUCAUUGCCUAUAACCGCUGGUUCUUGCUGACCAAGUUAAUGGGAAGCUUCCAGAAGCUCUACACAACCCGGAACAUAUGCUUGAUGGUACUCAGUGCUUGGCUUUACCCAGCUCUUUUGGUCCUGGUGCCUCACUUUGCAGGAUUGGGUCGACUGGGAUAUUCUUACGAGUACAAAUCAUGCUCACAAGAUACAUCACUUCCUAACUCGGACCUAUACAGCCUCAUAGCAGGGGCAGCUGGCAUUAUUCCUGUAUUCAUUGCCAUAGUUGUGAUUUACAUUCGGAUCUAUCUCUUCGUUUCCAAACAGGGUAAAAAUAUGGCCCAGCUCAAAAAGGCAGGCGUACCCGAGUCUCCAAAUGUCCAAACAGAAAGGAGCUCAUCGGAAGUUUCAUCGGUUGCACAAAGCAACCUCUCACCCGACAACGCAACCAAACAAAGCUGUUCGACAUUAAACAUGGACAUAUCACAAACAACAGAGAAAGACCUGGACGAAUCAUCAAAGGAUGACAAAGCUAUAGCCAAUGAAGAGAAUUUCAAAAAGAACCCGUCACCUGAAAUUCCUGGAGAUCUUUCAAAACGGUAUCCAGAAGAACCGAAAGUUAAUGAGAAGCGUCCAAGUUUCUUUAACCCAAAGGCAUCUGAAAAGAAGACACAACCACGACUGAACAAAUACAAUGUCACGGUAACGAAAAGACUUGCCAUCGUUGUUUUAGCCUUCUUCAUUUGCCUUCUCCCGUUCGGCGUAAGCGUUGUUGUUCCUCCAAGCGAUCCUGGUAUCCCUUGGACCGGUUUGAUGCUGUCACUGAAUAGUUGCAUCAACCCUCUGAUAUACGCUAGAACAAUGCCAGAGUUCCGCAAGGUGAUGCUGGCCAUCAUCCGUUGUCGCCUUAAAAACAUACCCGAUCCAAUCGCAUGCUUAAGUCGAUUUCGUUAAUGUGGUUAGCUCGGGUGCCUAUAAAGUUGGUUGCUCAAGUGUAUCACUUUUUCAGACUAUUUAGUGGUCAUCUUU